AUAUUGAAGAAGUAAAAGAGUGCAAUGUAUUCUAAGAGUUUGACAAUUGUUUUUGUGUACAUUUCAAUAGUAUAUUCAAAACGUCUGUCAUUUCCCUCUUAUAUCAAAAGAUGCUCUCCUAGCGUCUCAGACUUUGACGAUUGUUGCCUCCGAAAUGGAAAAGAGGCAAUUCUUCACCUGGAGAAGGGUGACAGGAAUUAUGACAUUCCCAACAUGUUACCUAUGAUAGUUCCAUCUAUUUCUGUAGAAACUGGUCCUGACUUUUCUCUUCUUUUGACAAACCUGCUCAUCUAUGGAUUAGAGACUGCAGAUUUGAAACAGUUGAAAUUUGAUUUAAAAAAGAAAAAGAUAUCCGGGCAACUAUUUCUGGAAGGAAUAGAAAUUGAAGGAAAAUAUGAUGUUAAUGGAAAGAUUCUGGUGAUUCCCAUUCAGGGAAGUGGGGUUAUUAAUGUCACAACAGUUGGCUGCGCUGUUGACUACUUUGUAGACUACGAAUUGGUGGAAAAAGAAGGGGAAGAAUAUUUAAACAUUACCAAUGGCGCUUCGAAUAUUUCAUUUAAAAGGGUAUAUUUCAAUCUGACUAACCUUUUUAAUGGUAACGAAGAAUUAGGUGCUUCAACAAACAAAGUUUUAAACGACGAAUGGGAAAAGUUGGUAGAUACACUAACGCCAGUCGUUGGCAAAACUGUCGCUGACAUUGUAAACAGUAUUAUCAAUGGUGUUGCUCGACAUGUACCAUUUAAAGAAUUCUUCUUAGAUUAGUUAUAUUUACUGUUACAAAUUGUACAAAUAAAUGAUACCAGUUUA